UAUCCAACUACUUUCAUCAUUGCUGAAUUCUGGUCCACGUUAUUAUUCAGCUGAACAUUGCAAUCCAUCAUUACCGGUGUGCAAUAGUGAUAAUUUCAAUUGGUAUGAUACUGUAAGAUUUCAAGAAUUCUCAACAUUAGAAUUAUUCCUUGGAUCACAUUCAUCAUCUCAAUUACCGUCACCAUUUGAAGAAGAUUAUCAACAAUUGACCAACGGUCAAUUUUCAACCAAUAACACAUCAAUA